UAGGGGUUUUGAUCCAUAAGAGAAGCUGUGACUUUGUCUUUAAUUAGGGUUUUUUGAUCCAUAAGAGAAGCUGUGACUUGUGUUCUUUAUCAUUCAAUUUAUUGGUUACAGUGGUACCAAUGUCUCAAACCUGCCUUCCAUUGUACUAAUAUCCAUUGAAUUCCAAUGUCUUUCGACCCAGUUCUUUGCAUAUUGCUUCUAGCCUCUUCCCUUUUCUCACUAUAACCUUUUUUGAUAUGACCAACGCAUUGUACCAAUAAAAUUGGACAUCUUCCAAUAAACUUACCUUCAAUCUUAGUUUGUACAACUUAGCUCGAUUUAGUAACUGCCCCAAAUUGCUCUUGCUCAAUGUAAUUAGUGGGCAUUUGCUCAAUAUGGAAUAAAAUUUCUCUUCGCCUUUAACCAAUAUAUACAAUUGUUUCAUUUGUUAACUCCUGUAGGUUCACUUUUCUUCUCAUGCUAACAAACAGUAUAUUUACAAAAAAAACACAUAUAAAUUAGGCUCCACAAGCGACACAUUGAUAAAUUUUACACCUCAGUCAUCAUUUCAAUUUUCUUGGCAACCAUUCCACUAGUUGAUGUUUUUCCAUUUGCAGCCUCCACAAACAACUACUGAGAUGCAUUUAGUUAGUGUCAUCACUAUUUAUGUACAAUUCUGCCAUCUCUCAAUUAAGCUAUGAGUUGUAGCCUCACUACUCAUCAUAUGAUUGACCUUUCUUGUAGUUAAACUCUCAGGUACUGGUUUGUUUCUUUAUCACCCAUUUGUUAUUCUUGUUAAUUAACAAUUCUUCUGUUUGCUAUGUAAGAGCAUUAAUGAGUGUUGUGUCGAUGGGUCCUUCCUCUUCUAUUUUAUUUUAAAAAAGAGGAAUUGAAUCCUCCAUCAAACUUAUAUGGACAGUGAGGCAUUCAUUUUAAUUGUUUUGUUCUAGUAAAACUUGUUCAAGUCUUAUCAUAAAACCUGGAACCAUCUCUUCCAUGUAAAUAGAAGAAACACACAUACACAAACAUUAUAGUAAAAUAGGAUAAGACAAAUAUAUACUGUAUUCCAACAUCAUGCAUGGAGUGAAUUUAACUUUUAUAUGCUAUGAAAAUAAAAAAUGUCUAUAUCAUACAAGGGACUAGAUAUCUCGGAACGGUAAAGUUAUUGUCAUGUGAGUUAGAGGUCACGGAUUCGAGUCUCGGAAAUAGCCUUUUGCAAAGUAGAAUAAUAGACCCCGCAUUGGCUGGAGCUUUGUACACUAGGCUGCCCUUUAUAUCAUACAAGGGACCACAUGUCUUUAGAUCGCAGCAUUUCCAUCUGUGGUUAAUGUUGUGGUCUGGUUUUGUCUUCUUGCAUGCCAUUUUGAUUCCAUAAAGUAGUUGAAACUGAUGUUCCUUUAAUCAAACUACCUUGUAACCAUAGUGGAUGCCUGACAUCCUAUGUUGGACAUUGAGAUCCUUGAUUCUCCAUUAGUGUGUAAAAGUUUGUAGAAAAGUUAAGCAUCAGACACCUAGAUCCUUAUUUUUCUGAAAAAUUUGUUUUACAGCCCAAGUAAUAUAGAUUUAAGCUAAUGAACCUUUAUAAUUUCUAAAAUUGUGACGGUAAUUAUGCUCAUAAAAGUUAAAUUACUCUGAUAAACUAAGAUCUGCAUUAAACUAGUCUGAUAAACAAAUAAAUAUGGUCUGAUAAACUAAGAACUUCUAUGCCCUACGCUUCAUGGUUCUGAUCGGAUCUGCAUGAAUCUAAGUCGCUAACGUCUCACUAUAGCUUGAAUAUGUUUAAUUGCCCCCAGGGCGUAGCGCAGACGGUGGGCGCAUGGUAUCUCUGGCGUAAUGGCCAGGGGUCGAUUCUCAGGAACUGACGACCUGAGGUUUAUCCCGCCAUGCGCCUAUGGCCUGUGUACCUCCAUGAACCUCCCUCCAUAUCCGUGGGGCCGGCACUAGGGGGGCCGCUAAGGUAGCGGAUCUACCUUGAAUAUGUUUAAUUAGGGGUUUUGAUCCAUAAGAGAAACUGUGACUUUAUCUUUAAUUAAUAUGGUAACACGACUUCCAGAAAUGAUAUGGUUAGGUUAGAGAUCAGGCGAUUGGUUUCCUAAAGAUAUAUUGUGUUCUGUUCCUCUAAGCAAAUUGAGUCUGACUGAUAUGACAUCUUAGAUAUCUUCACCAAAUCAUCUUUAUCAUUCAAUUUAUUGGUUACAGGGGUACCAAUGUCUCAAACCAUCCUUACAUAAGUCUAAGAUUAAUUGAAGUUGGCUUUACGAAUUGUAUCCUGCCAUCAACUUUAUUUAGAACUAUAUUGUUCAUAAUGAAGCAUUAUACUAUGACUGAUAUUUAUGGUUAACAAUGGUUUUUGAGAUUUUCUCUUACUCUAACUAUAGGAGCUAACAUAACCCUGGACCUUUUCAUUUGAGCAUGAUGGGCAUUGACAGUUUCAUGGCAUUCCAUAAUACAAUUACAAAAAUUCUUUACUAAGCAAUUUGCUUGCUCUGUGUAAUAUAUAUCAUGAGAACAGUUCCAUAGGUAUACAUAGUCAAUAAGAUGACACCAACAAUAUAUAACCACACAAAAAAACACUAUAUAUGAACAUCAACAAUAAACCAGACAUUAUAGAGGAACAUCAACAAUAUUAAAUCAACAACACAUAAACAACAGAUUGCACCAAUAACAUGAAAUAAAUUAAAUAGUAUUCUGAAGCAACUACAACAGUAAAGAAUCACAUCAUGAUCAUUAAUAAAACACCAAGAGGAUAAAACCACACUACAAACACGAUGAAAGGACACCAAGAGUUUCUGAGUAACUCUACCCAAUCAAAUGAGAACUCCUUAGAAACCCAACCCUAUGUCUGCAAAUUUAGAGGUAAGAAAAAAGAGGGGUCAUGCAACCCAAACUAAAUUUUGAGAUCAUGACCAUAUCAUCUUUCAUAUACAUCAUAAGGCAUGACUUACCUUCAUAUUGAAGGUGCAGAAUGAAAGUCAACAAAAAUAACAUUAGGAAAAACUCACAAGUAUCCAAAUCAUUCCAACACUAUGAUCUACAUAAUCAUCUUAUGCUUAGCAACUAGAUCAUGCAAUUGAAUAUAAUGUAAGACAAUGACAAAUGACAUAAGAUAUAAUUCACAAGGCAACCAAUAGAUUGAGUUACAAUACCCCCUGCUGACCGCCAAAAAAAACCCAAAAGAGAAAAAUAUCUAUAUCAGAAUCUGGCCUAAGAACAGUCUUGUUUCUUAACAGCUCAGGUGGAAUUAAACCUCCACUCUCGUGGGAGUCAAGGGUGCAAAACCUUCACUGUGCCAAAGAAUGAAUCCAUAAACUAUUCAAACCUUAAUGAAAAACUGAAACUAAAACUAAAAAAAACUGUCAAAAAAACUCUCACAAACCAUAAAGGAAGAGCCAUUCUGUAGAGAGAAAAUAGUCGAGGGAAUUGUAUAGGAAAGUCUCCUAGAUUGCUACAGAUUGUUGAAUGUUAUUCGGGACAGAUUCCACAUUUUUAUUCUAUCUAUGAGCUCUUCAAUUGUUGGUGAAACCUCAGUGUAAAUGCUCGUGCAGUGACAGGAGUAAGUUGGUGGGGAGGUUGCAGUAUAGAACAGCUCAGGUGGAAUUAAACCUCCACUCUCGUGGGAGUCAAGGGUGCAAAACCUUCACUGUGCCAAAGAAUGAAUCCAUAAACUAUUCAAACCUUAAUGAAAAACUGAAACUAAAACUAAAAAAAACUGUCAAAAAAACUCUCACAAACCAUAAAGGAAGAGUCAUUCUGCAGAGAGAAAAUAGUCGAGGGAAUUGUAUAGGAAAGUCUCCUAGAUUGCUGCAGAUUGUUGAAUGUUAUUCGGGACAGAUUCCACAUUUUUAUUCUAUCUAUGAGCUCUUCAAUUGUUGGUGAAACCUCAGUGUAAAUGCUCGUGCAGUGACAGAAGUUGGUGGGGAGGUUGCAGUAUAGAACUCUGAAUGACUUCAAAAAAGACCGAUGUAGUUGUCCAAGUCUUCUUAUUACAUCUAUGGUCUCAAACAUACAUGUGAUAUGUUAUAUUGAGAGUAGUUAUUUUUUAAUGCAUUUCCGAUCGGUUAUCAAUAGAUUGCUAUUAUAUAACAAUCUAUUGGUAGAAUAUAUUCAUAGCCACAGAACCAUUUCAAAUCAAUUGGGAGCAUGAUCAGAAACGUGUUAAAAAAAUACAUUGCUGUCAAUAUAAUGUAUCAAAUUAAUAUUUGAGGACAUAGAUGUAUUAAGGAGAUUUAGAUAAAUAUCAAUUGGGAACAGCUCGGCCUAACAAAGUAGAAGUCAGACCAAUACAUGUUCCAAUCAGUGCCAACAAUGUGACAGAAUUGACUUGAACUCCAUCAUGUUGCAUUGCCUGGAAAAGUCGCAGCGAUUGUUGCACGUAGUUGCUCCAACCGUCCUCGACAUCUUCCGCGGCAACUUAGACCGGCGUUCCUCGGUCGAGCAAUAGCAGCAACCCGACCGUCGAGUUACGUCGAGACACAGCAGCUUCAACCAUCGAGUAUAGUCCUCAGCGUCUUCGGGCAAACUGACAACAACAACGUGUUCCGAGGUCGGCAGAGCUCCACAGUCGGAUCGCUGCUCCAUGUUACUCCUGGACACAACACUGUGGUUUACAUACUGCAACCUCCCCACCAACUUACUCCUGUCACUGCACGAGCAUUUACGCUGAGGUUUCACCAACAAUUGAAGAGCUCAUAGAUAGAAUAAAAAUGUGGAAUCUUUCCCGAGUAACAUUCAACAAUCUGCAGCAAUCUAGGAGACUUUCCUAUGCAAUUCCCUCGACUAUUUUCUCUCUGCAGAAUGACUCUUCCUUUAUGGCACAGCGAAGGUUUUGCUCCCUUGACUCCCACGAGAGUGGAGGUUUAAUUCCACCUGAGCUGUUAAGAAACAAGAUUGUUCUUAGGCCAGAUUCUGAUAUAGGGAAAUAUGCUGAUCUAGUAACAAGAGUGACAAACUUCCAUUGCGAGGACAAAGGCUUGAUGGUCUUGGCUGGUGAUGUGUUUGAUUCCCCUAUUAGGAAGGAUAUUGUCCAACGUGUUGUGAGAUGGCAGCUUGCUAAGAGGCAGCAGGGUACACAUUCAACAAAAACUAUUAGUGAAGUAAGUGGGACUGGCAGAAAAGCAUACCCGCAAAAAGGAACUGGAAGGGCAAGGCAUGGUUCUUUGCGUGCCCCUCAGUUUAGGCAUGGUGCCACCAUGCAUGGACCUAAACCACGAAGUCAUGCUUUCAAGCUGCAAAAGAAGGUUCGGCGAUUGGGAUUAAAAAUUGCUCUAUCUGCUCGAACAGCUGAAGGCAAGCUUAUUGUUUUUGAGGAUCUGGAAGUCCCAAGCCACAAGACGAAGAACAUUGUGAACUAUCUCGCCCAACUGGAAAACACAAGGAAGGUUUUAUUGGUUGAUGGUGGCCCCAUAGAUGACAAACUUAAGUUGGCAACGAGAAAUCUGCAAUAUGUCAAUGUAUUACCUUCCAUUGGCUUGAAUGUCUACAGUAUCUUAUUGCAUGACACACUCGUGAUGACUCGAGAUGCCGUCAGCUGCAUUGUUGAGCGGAUGCACACUCCCAUUAAUCGCUGAUGCAGUUGUAGCUGGAAUGCACAUUCAUUUGCUCAAGAUCGAUUCACAUCAAAUGUUUAUUUGAUGCUCUGACUAAUCAGUUGUCAGAUCAAACAAAGAUUCAUGUUGGAUAACUUUUUUGUUUUCUCCAGUUCGAGUAGCUAAUAAAGGCAGAGACAAUUUUAGUUGUAUGUUUUGUAUUCAGAAAUGUGUCAAGCUUUUGAAAAACAA